UUAUAUUCUUGUAACGGAAUAUUUUUAUAUGCAAAUGCAAAAUUUUUAUAUUUAGAAUUUUAUUAUUUUUUGUUGUGCUAUGAAAUCAAUAUCAAAGUUAUAAUCUAUAUAUAAAAUAAAUAUUUUAUAAAAGUUUAAACAAGACGAAAUAAUACGAAAUAAACCACCUUGAAGAUAUGUGUUUAUAUGUUAUGAAACGAUGUAUGAAAUUGGCGUAUAAUGCAAUUUUUCAUGUUCAUUUAAAAAUAAAUAAUAAAAGGUUACACGAAAUGCAACCUGAAAGAAAAGCUCUUAUUUGUAAUGUGUGUAAUAAAGAAGUAGCCGAAAUUAGGCAAUUAUAUAAUAAUGCACAAUGUUGUUGCAGUUGUAAACCAGAAAAAUAUGAUUAUAUUGAAGAUGUGGUGUGCAUGGAAACAGAUAUUAGAGAAAAUGAAAUGAAACUCUUGCCACUUGGACAAAAUGGAGGAAAAAUCUUAUUAAUUAAACAAAAAGGACAAAUACAUGCUAUUGGUACAAAAUGUACACAUUAUGGAGCUUUACUUCAUACAGGAGCACUAGGAGAUGGAAGAAUAAGAUGUCCAUGGCAUGGCGCAUGUUUUAAUAUUAAAACAGGAGAUAUAGAAGAUUAUCCAGGAUUAGAUUCUUUACCUUGUUUCCAGGUAAACAUAGAUACAUCUGGUUUUGUACACGUGAAAGCAAAUCGCAAAGAUUUAGAAUUCAGUAGAAGGGUAAAGAAUAUGUGUGAACGAGAUCCCAAUAACACUAAUACUGUUAUAAUAGUUGGAGGUGGACCAGCAGGUGCAACAUGUGCAGAAAGUUUGCGACAAGAAAAUUUUACAGGAAAUAUUACUAUGAUUUGUAAAGAAAAUGUAUUACCAUAUGAGAGAGUAAAGAUAUCCAAAGCUUUUGAUAUAGAUAUUGAAAAAAUAAUUUUAAGACCAAACUCAUUUUACAAAGAGCACAAAAUUGAAACUAAAUUGGAUGUAGAAGCCAUAGGAUUAGAUACAAAUAAUAACAUUCUUCAUUUAAGUAACAAUGAAAAAUUAAUAUACAAUAAUUUAUUUAUUUGUACUGGAAGUAUGGCCAGAAUACCUGAAAUACCUGGUGUUAAUUUAUCUAAUAUCCAUAUAUUAAGAAAUAAUACAGAUGCUCAAACUAUAAAUUCAAAACUGUCACUUGAAAAACAUAUGAUAAUAUUAGGAUUAGGUUUUAUUGCUAUGGAAGUUGCUGCUUUUUGUGCAAAAAAAUGUGCAUCUAUUACUAUUGUUGGAAGAGGUAAAACUCCUUUACAACCAGUAUUUGGAACAGAUAUUGGUAAUAGAAUCAAGCAGCAAUUUAAAGAUGAAGGUAUUAAAUUUAUAUUUGAACGUAAUAUUACACAAUUUGUUGCAAAAAAAGAUGAUAGUACUGCUGUAGGUUCAGUUGUACUUAAUGAUGAUCAAGUUCUUGUUGCCGAUAUAGUAAUUAUUGGAAUUGGAGCACAAGUAUAUACUGAAUGGAUAAAGCAGUCUCCUAUUGAAAUGCUACCAGAUGGAACCAUUAAAGUGGAUAAGUAUUUGAAAACAAAUGUAGAAAAUAUAUAUGCCGGUGGAGAUGUAGCUUAUGCACCUUUAUUUGGUUCUGAUGAAAUUUCAGCUGCAAUAGGUCAUUAUUCAUUAGCACAUUAUCAUGGUAAAAUAGCAGCAUUAAAUAUAUGUGGUAAAACUACUGCUUUAAAUGCUGUACCAUUUUUUUGGACAACAUUGUUUGGAAAGAGUUAUAGAUAUGUGGGACAUGGAACACCAGAGAAAAUUAGAAUUUAUGGUUCUUUAGAGAAAUUAGAAUUUUUUGCAUAUUAUAUUAAAAAUAAUAAAGUUAUUGCUAUGAGUAGUAUUGCGGCAGAUCCUAUUGUAUCAGAUUUUGCAAACUUUCUAUACGAGGGAAAAACAUUGACAGAAACAGAAAUUAUUAGAGAUCCAUUUAAUUGGAUAAGAAACAAACCAAAGGAUUUACAUACCAGAUUUCGAAAUGAAAUUAUUGUAAAUCCAUGAAUCAAACAUAUAUAACAGAAAAAAUUAUUCAAAUGGAAAAUUCAAUGAAAUUACUGUGCUAAGACCUUAAUAUUGUAUUCCAUUAUAUAUAUUUCAAUUUUUAAUUUUACAAUCUACUUUUUUUUCAGUUUGUUUUAUUAAAAAAAAUUUUUAAAAAUCAAAUAAUAUUAUAUAAUACUAUAUAUGUUGAUAUUAUUCAUAUUGUAUAUAUAGAAACUUUAUUUAAUACAAUUCUUUAUUUUUAAAA